GUGGAGUUGAAUCGAACCGAUCUCAAUUCGGUUCAAGUAUACCCUGGUCGGUAUACCGGUUUAUUUUGUGUGGCGGGUUGGCGACGAGUUUGAUAUCCCAUCGUCUCACAAGUCCUUGAUUGCUUCGAUUUACUAAAGCAGUGUGCAAUUCAAACCCAAUACACAAUCCAUCCAAUACAGACGUCACAAAUUCGAUUUUGUUCCAUCUGCAAAAUGGCAACGUAACAUUGGGGCAAUUUCCUUCCAAAUUUGCGUGUUCGUCGUCCUAUCGUCUGCAAAUUUUGAUGGCAUGGGAAGUAAUUUUGUGGAUCAUCUUCUUUAUCAUCAACAUGGUCCUUAUCGCCUCUAAUCUCUAUCAGAUUGUAUGUCUAUCGGAUUUGGAGUCUGAUUACAUGAACCCAUAUGAAUCAUCAUCUCGCAUUAAUGCUGUGGUAGUCCCUGAAAUGGUGCUCCAUGGUGUAUGUUCUGUUCUUCUUCUUGUGACAGGCUAUUGGUUCAUGUUCCUUCUUACACUUCCAAUAACUAUCUAUAAUUCCAUGUUAUACAUGAACAGACAACAUCUUAUAGAUGUAACUGAAGUCUUCAGAUACGUUGAUGCUGAAAAGAAGUAUCGGAUUGCCAAGCUGGCAGUAUACUUAUUUCUCUUUAUCCUAGUUGUCAUCAGAUCUAUGAUUGCUGGAAAGUUCUCCACCAUCUUAGAACCAUUCCAUCCUACUAAUGAAGAUCUUGACAUCCUUUCUCAUGUUCUAGAGUUUUAGUUCAUCAUAAACUAAAGAAUUUAGUUGUUAUAAAAGAUUUGUAGUAGCUUUGAACAUAAUGUAAUAAAUUAAAGAAUUUAGUUGUUAAUUUUGGAUUCUAAAUUCUAAAGUAGAAUGCAUGAAUUGGUAUUGUGCAGGACGGUAUUAGUGGUUAUCGAGAAUGUAAUAGGUGAUAUUGAUGAAGGAUUACCGGGACUUGACUUUUUUUGAUC